AUGGCUUACUACCUUCUCUACUUCCUCACCAUAUCGGUUGUUGUGUGUGGCACAGCGCUCUACCUCACCCGGUCCCGAUGGCUACAUCUACUGCCCGUUCCCGACUACAUUUACGAUCGUCUCCCCUCGACGUUUGCUGGCGAUGUGGAAGCUGGUCUGGUCUCAUCCGAGUUUGAUAUCUCCGCCAAUAUUGCCGAGGGUGACACCAGGGCGGGCUUGGAUGAUCAGGCCAAACGUGAAAUCUUACGGAUCAUGAAACGGCGAAGAGUGGAUUUCAACGAAGGUCGUCGGAUCUACAUGGAGCAGCGCUUUUCCAAAAACAAUAUCGGUCCUGAUGGCCGACCUAGGGACCCAAAGUUCGUGUCGUUUUCUUGA